AUGUCUGCUGCAAAGGGCCGCGUCUUACUCGCCUACUCCGGAGGCCUCGACACAUCCUGCAUCCUCGCGUGGCUCAUCGAGGAAGGAUACGAUGUGUACGCAUUCAUGGCCGAUGUCGGCCAAGAAGAGGACUUCGAGGCCGCCCGCGCGAAGGCACUGAAGGUUGGCGCGAAGAAGUUCUUCCUCUCCGAUCUCAAACGCGAGUUCGUCACGGAACUGAUCUACCCUGCCGUGCAAGCCAAUUGCAUCUAUGAGAACGUUUACUUGCUCGGUACAUCGCUUGCGCGACCGGUCAUUGCUCGCGGCAUGAUGGAGAUCGCGGAGAGAGAAGGAUGCGAUUUCGUUUCGCAUGGCUGCACGGGCAAGGGCAACGACCAAGUCCGCUUCGAGCUCGCCUUCUACGGCCUCAAGCCUGACAUCAAGGUCAUCGCCCCUUGGCGUAUUCCCGACUUCUACAACCGCUUUGCCGGACGGCAAGCCCUCCUCGCCUACGCCGCUCAAAAGCAGAUCCCUGUGCAGCAGACGGCGGCCAAGCCCUGGUCCACCGACGAGAAUCUGUUCCACAUCUCCUACGAGGCGGGCAUUCUCGAAGACCCGAACACCACUCCGCCCGCGGAUAUGUGGAAACUCACUAAGAGCCCGGAGGAGGCGCCAGACACCCCGGAGCGACUGUCGAUCGAGUUCAAGACUGGCUUGCCCGUCAAGGUCACCAGCGGGGAUAAGACCGUCACCGACCCUGUGGAGAUUUUCCUCUUCCUCAACGCAGCCGCCCGCAGGAACGGCGUCGGUCGUAUCGACAUCGUCGAGAAUCGAUUCAUUGGCGUCAAGUCUCGAGGAUGCUACGAAUCCCCGGGCGCGACCAUCCUCCGCGUCGCGCACAUGGAUAUAGAGGGGCUCACCCUCGACCGCAACGUUCGUGCCCUCCGUGACCAGUUCGUCACCGUGGAGCUUGGCCGCAUCCUGUACAACGGCCACUUCUUCACCCCGGAACGCGAGUUCGUCACCGCGGCAAUCCCAGCCAGCCAGCGGACCGUGAACGGCGUCGUUCGCCUGAAGCUGUACAAGGGCAACGUGAUUGUUGAGGGUCGCGAUUCCGAUGAGGGUCUUUACGACGCGAAACAGUCGUCGAUGGACGAGCUGGGCGGUUUCGAGCCGACUGACACGACCGGCUUCAUCCAGAUCGAGUCGAUCCGGAUCAAAAAAUGGGCCCAAGCGAAUCUCCGCAAGGGGCAGGCGGGCGUCGCGCCCAAAGACGUCUAUGGAAGCCGAACCUGAUCGGCGUUCCGCAUCAACAUUUCACCCUCCUUGUAACUUGUCUUUAUAAUUUGUAGAACCAACCACCUUGCUUCGGAGCUGCUCGGAACGGUGCGGCCGUAACGCAAUCGCGGCGAUCGGUCGCUACUUCACCAGACUUCGCUCAGCUUCGCUCUCGCGACCCAGCGCUCGACUUUACCUCCAAAACCGACCAAAAUAAAGUGGAUUAAUGAUUGUACCUGAUCACUAAGGAGAAAAUUGGCGCAUUUGGCGCGGUGUAUUCAGAGAUAAGUAUAUGCUGGGCGAUGGAGAGCAGUGAUGUGGAGAUGAGCAAGAUAUUCGUGGUGUUGGCGCAGGAACAUUGCAGUCCGUGUCCGAACAGCCGUGUACGCAUUCUCAGCCGAAACAAGCAGCGCUCUCGCGUGGCGUAUGUACUCCGAAAACAGGUGAUUCUCAAGCUUG